CACAGAUACAGAGUGACAAGAGAAAAAGAGGAGGAAUAGAGCAACAUGCAAUACUGAGCUCUUUGAGGGGCUUGUGUGGAAACGUCUGUCUAGGUUCCUCACAGAAUUCAAAGUCCAGAACGGACGCCGCCCUUUUCCCCUCCUUGUCUUUCUCAAUCUGGUCAUGAUGCGAGCUGCUCCUGAACGAACCUUUCAGACGUAUCCCCUUCCAACUUGGCCAUCAUAGUGUCUUAUUUCAUUUUCGACUCUGUUCUUCGCCUGGUUGUUUAAUUAGUUUGCUCUCUUUUUCUUUCUGCGCGCUCAUUCUUUCUACUUCCCGCGCGUUCUAUUCGCCGUUACGGAGAGAGAGAAAGACAUACGACACAGAUUUUUUUUUCUUUUUUUCUUUUUUCUUUUUUUUUCCCCUUUGGACAGAAUAACAGGGGAAUACCUACUGGUGAACCCACGGGGAGAGCUGGUAGUUAUAAGAAUUCCACCGCAAUGCCGGGCCUACCAACUAGUAUCGAUUUGGACGAGUGCAUUGAGAGACUCUAUCGGAAAGAAUUGCUGGCAGAUCUGGUCAUUGAGGCGAUAUGCGCCAAGGCGAAAGAGCUUUUGAUGAAGGAGAGCAAUGUGGUUCACAUCGCUGCCCCGGUUACCGUUGUGGGAGAUAUUCAUGGACAGUUCUUUGAUAUGCUGGAGAUAUUCAAGAUUGGUGGAUUCUGUCCGAAUACCAACUACCUAUUUCUAGGUGACUACGUGGAUCGCGGCCUGUUUAGCGUAGAGACUAUUUCUCUUCUUGUUUGCUUGAAAUUACGAUACCCUCACCGCGUUCAUCUCAUCCGUGGCAAUCAUGAGUCGAGAGGUGUCACACAGUCUUACGGCUUCUAUACCGAGUGUGUUCGGAAAUACGGCAACGCUAAUGUCUGGCAUUACUUCACCGAUAUGUUUGACUUCCUCACGCUGAGCGUGGUGAUCAAUGAUCAGAUAUUCUGCGUGCACGGUGGGCUAUCCCCGUCCAUCCAUUCCAUCGACCAGAUAAAGAUCAUAGACCGGUUCCGUGAGAUCCCGCACGAGGGCCCCAUGGCUGAUCUAGUAUGGUCGGAUCCCGAUACAGACCGGGACGAGUUCUCCCUUUCUCCCCGAGGGGCUGGAUAUACGUUCGGUGCGCAGGUGGUUCGCAAAUUCCUCGAGGUGAAUAGCAUGUCUCAUAUCCUGCGAGCACAUCAGCUCUGUCAGGAGGGUUAUCAGGUUCUCUACGACGACCGGCUGAGCACGGUCUGGAGUGCCCCCAAUUACUGCUACCGGUGCGGAAAUCUGGCUAGCGUCCUGGAAGUAAGUGAUACGGGCGAGAGAUUCUUCAACGUGUUCGACGCGGCUCCGGAAAAUGAUAUCCAUCGUGGAGAGCAGCAGGCGCAACAGAAUAGGGAUGGGGAGAAUCCUGUCAUUGACUAUUUUUUGUGA